AUGGCUUUCAGCAGACUACUGAACCCUCAGACUACCAGCCUGUUACUGAACCCUCAGACUGCCAGCCUGUUACUGAACCCUCAGACUACCAGCCUGGUACUGAACCCUCAGACUGCCAGCCUGUUACUGAACCCUCAGACUGCCAGCCUGUUACUGAACCCUCAGACUACCAGCCUGGUACUGAACCCUCAGACUACCAGCCUGUUACUGAACCCUCAGACUGCCAGCCUGUUACUGAACCCUCAGACUACCAGCCUGGUACUGAACCCUCAGACUACCAGCCUGGUACUGAACCCUCAGACACUGAACCCUCAGACUACCAGCCUGUUACUGAACCCUCAGACUGCCAGCCUGUUACUGAACCCUCAGACUACCAGCCUGUUACUGAACCCUCAGACUGCCAGCAUGUUACUGAACCCUCAGACUGCCAGCCUGUUACUGAACCCUCAGACUACCAGCCUGUUACUGAACCCUCAGACUACCAGCCUGGUACUGAACCCUCAGACUACCAGCCUGGUACUGAACCCUCAGACUACCAGCCUGUUACUGAACCCUCAGACUGCCAGCCUGUUACUGAACCCUCAGACUACCAGCCUGUUACUGAACCCUCAGACUGCCAGCAUGUUACUGAACCCUCAGACUGCCAGCCUGUUACUGAACCCUCAGACUACCAGCCUGUUACUGAACCCUCAGACUACCAGCCUGUUACUGAACCCUCAGACUACCAGCCUGUUACUGAACCCUGGCCUGUCUGUCUGUCUGUCUGUCUGUCUGUCUGUCUGUCUGUCUGUCUGUCUGUCUGUCUGUCUGUCCGUCUGUCUGUCUUUCCCGUCCCCCCUCGGCCCCCGGGUCCCUUUAGCCAGAUCUCUUAUGAUUGAGAGCACUCUGUCCAGUCCAGUGUCUGUGGUGUGUUCUGGCUCACAGUUGUGCAGCCCGACAGCUCUUCAGCCAGCAGGGUGAUCGUGAGCUGCCGUUAACAACUGAGCCGGUUCAACGGUUCUGUCUGUCUGACUCAAACAGAGCCUGAAUACAGAGCGCUCCCGUCGGUUCUGCUGUGAUCUGAUCCGAGGUGGAUUACUGGUCACACAUUACAAGCUCAACAGUAACAGGACCGUCCCUCUUACACCGUGUCAGCCUUGGCCGUAUCUAAACCACAAAGUAAAAGAUACGAUGUGAUACCUUCUGAAUACCUCAGUGUGGACACAACGGUCCAGGCGCCACUAACCUAUUUUUAGAACCAGCAACUUGUGUCACCUGCUGGGUCCCAGAUCCCCCCCCCUCAUGGUGACACUAGCCUAUUGUACCGGUCCUCUGUGCCUGUGGACCAGAAACAAUGUUUUGUUCGUUUGUGCGAGCAUGUGUGUGUGUGUGUGAGUG